CACAUUUUGCAUGUUGACACUUAAUCCAUAUCAACAAUCCGAUACAACUGACGUUGCAGAUGGGGUCAUUAGCUUUGCAACCUAGCUUUGUGGAGUAGCAAGCAGCGGGAUAGCAAAACCUCAGUUUCGCAAGCUUUCGUGUUUCCAUCUUGGUUGUAUAUAAUCAAAUAGAUCCUAAUUGACAUCUCUUUGACAUGUUAAAAAUCAUAAAAAUCCUUUCCCAUGUAUUCUCAAUUGGAACAACCUCUAGUUUUGGAUGUGUAUUAAUCUCUUAUCCUAUCUGCUAGUAUUGCCACUUAAUCUGCCUCACUAUUAACACUCUUUUUCUCUGUUUCGGGUUCCUGCUUCCUAUUAAACAACCUCUGGAAGUGAUCCUACCUCUUUCUUCAGCUUUUAAAGCAUACUUUGACCUAAAUUCUUAAGAUACUUUAUCAAGUUCAUCGUUGACAUCUCACGCUAACAAGACUCCCUCUCACCAUUCCUCCUAUACAUACAAACAUGGAAACUUGUUCUGAUACAUAUGCAAGUGGGCCAAGAAAGCAAUAUGCAUAAAUGUGCAUAUGAAGUUCACCAAAUCACUCAAAUUAAAAAAAAGAUGAGAAACAGUAUUCAAUGCGAGAUGGUCAAACAUAGAUAAACAUAUUCAGUUAAUAUAUAAUUUUCCUACAUAUCUGAUUUCAUUGCCUAAUUACGUGUUUCCUAAUAUUAUAUAGGUUGGGGUAGCCAUCCUGUUUGCAGAAAGCGAUACCACUUCAUUCUUCAAAAUGACAGCAAUCUACAAAGCUCUCCUCAAAGCUGCCCUUACUGCGGUAUGCAAUCUUCAGAUUUAAGGUGCACCUCAUGCAAUUACAUGUUAACGGUUGCUGAUCUAGACUACAGAACCUAUCUUAAACUGCAGGAAUCUACUCAUUUGAUGCAUGGAUUGGUGCAUAGUAAUGGUUAUGGACACCUUCUUCGAGUCAAUGGCCGAGAAGGGGGAUCUCAGUCUAUAACAGGAUCAGACAUCAUGGGCUUUUGGGAUCAUUUAUGCAUGAUGCUCCAGGUUAGAGAAAUUACCGUAAUGGACGUUUCCAAGAAAUAUGGAAUGGAGUAUCGUCUCCUUCACACAGUCACCAAUGGGCAUCCUUGGUAUGGAGAGUGGGGCUACCAAUUUGGAGCAGGAUGCUUUGCUCUCACCGGUGAAGCUCGCAAUAGUUCUGUGGAGAAUCUUUCCAACAUUCCUCUGUCUCUCUUCUUUUCUCAUGCCCGCUCAUCACGAACACGUUUACAGAGUACCAUUUCACUGUAUCAGUCUCUCUCUGAUUGCCAACUAUUAACGGUGAGGGACCUUUUCUGCUUCGUGACAAAACUCCUCCAUGAUGACCAUGGACAAGAAAGAGCACAGAACACUGAAGGAAAAGUACAGUCAGAAGCGCAUCAAGGAGUGCUAUGUGCAUGGACGAAGUCAGAUGUCGAGAGGGCAGAGGAUGUCCUGAUCAAGGUUCUUCAAUCAAUUUCUGGAUAUCAGUGGAUAUCGUGGAGAGCGCUUAGGGGAGCCACAUGCAGAGCGGUGGGAUCUCCAGAGCUGCUUGAUUAUUGUCUCAAAGGAUUGGGAGGUAGAAUAAUUAAUGGUACUUUGGUGGUUGCAGUUAGAUGCAAUCCGGAGACAUGUUGUAUAGAAUACAGGCUUGAAGCUGAUUCAAAACAGUUGGGUCAUGCCAAUGAUCCUCGUAGACCAUCAAGAGAUCAUCUCCUCCAUGAUCUAAGGUUCUUGUAUGAUGCACUCCUCAACCCAAGUACAAUGGAACACUACAAGCCAGAAGGAAGGAGGGAAACCGCACUAAACUCAGCAAUAACUCUUCUUGACUGUAAGCAACUUGUUAAGCGCUAUGAUGAGGUUGGUUGCAGCCCAUCUAAACUUCGAAUAUGGUGCAAUGUCGAGUUGGCAAGUGAGCAAAAUGGCAACAGUGCCCUUCCACCAGAGUUAUUGGUCCUUCCAAAAAAUGCCACCAUCUCAUCCCUGAAAAAGGAAGCAACAAAGGCCUUCCAGGAGACAUACCUGAUCUUCCAAAGACUACAGGUUGUCCAACUUCUGGGUUUUGAAAAAAUCGAUCAUUCUACUUCGGUUGCGCUAAUACUUGGACUUAGUGGAACUGUCAAGGUCAGAGUGAGGUGCCUUGGAGUAGAUCAUAAGCUUGAAGAUUUCAGGAUGGAAAGGGGAGUGGAGAAUUGGGAAGUAGACUGCAUUUGUGGAGCCAAAGAUGAUGAUGGUGAGAGGAUGUUAGAAUGCGACUCUUGUGGUAUAUGGCAGCACACAAGAUGUAAUGGAAUUAAAGAUCACAAGGACGCGCCUAAAACUUUUUUUUGUAUAAAGUGUAGGAUAGUUGAAAUUAGAGACCAAGAUAGUGGUAGUACUCACGGUUGUGACAAUGUUAGGAAAUAUACGACUAACAUCUCUCCUAACUCCACCUGCAAGGAUAAAAUAGCACUAGCGUCACCUGAAGCAGGUACCGUCUCCUGUAGUAGUGGUGUCUCCUGUAGGAGCUGUUGCACAUCAGUUGCCAUCUCUUGUAGUAGUAGUAGCAGUGUCUCCUGUAGCAGCGUUUGCAAGGAUGAGGUGACCGUAAUGUCAUCAAUAAUCAAAAGUUCGUCAAUAGUUAAAAGUAGAGGCCAGGACAGUGAAAGUAGUGGUGGUUGUGACAGUGGUCGGAAAUAUACGAAUGACAUCUAUCAGAGGUUUGCCUGCAAGGAUAAAAUAGCUUCAGCCUCCACUGAAGCAUGUAGCACCUUCCAUACUAGCAGUUGUAAGUAUGAGGUGGCUGUAAUGUCGUCCAUUGAAGGAGGCAGUUUAAUGUGCACGAUUGCUGUGAUGUGUCCAAGGAGUGUCGAACAUGAACACGGUUAUGGGAAGCAUCGAACAUGGAUACGGGAACUCAGGUGGAGUGUCCUGAACUUGAUAUUGGGUUAUGGAGAAGCAUCUGGCAUGAGGAAUUCAAUUAUUGAGUGA